AAUAAAGCACUUGCCUUGUACACAGCUGAUUCCAGGUCAAUCCGGACACCUCAUGGGUUCCCCCUAAUCACUGCCCAGAGAUACCCCCUCAAGCACAGAGUCAGAGUGGCCCCCAAACCGUCCAACUUCCAGUUUCCUUGAUGACAUUCAGAGAGGUCAAACUGUAAGUUCCCAAGGCUGAUGAAAUGGGGACAACCAUCUCCCCCUUCUCCUCAUCAUUCUUAUCCAUUUUCCUAUCUCCUGGAGGGUCUACACUAGUGGUGCUCAGGCUCAGUACUCCUGAGUCAGUACUCCUGGCUCUUCACUCAGAGGUCACUGCUAGCUGAGCUCAGAGGACCAGACGGGAUGGAACCCGGGUCAGCUGUGUGCAAGCCGACCCAUGUUUGAGCCCCGGCAUCCUUUAUGGUGCUCCUGAGCACUGCCAAGAGUGAUCCCUGAGUGUAGAGCCAGGAGUCAGUCCUGAGCUUCCUGGGUGUGGACCAAAACACAAAAAAAGGAGUGAGCGCCCUCCCGGAACCCGGGCUGCACCCACGUGUACAGCUACGUGUUCGGACACGUGAGCGAAAGCCAGCUGCAGCACGUGCCCACCCAGCAGGUGCUGGACACGGGAGAGCAGCUCAUGGUGCCUGUGGACGUUCUGCAAGUGGACAAUGCGGGCUCACUCUGGAAGUUUCUGCUCUCGGGGGCCAUGGCCGGGGCGGUGUCCCGCACGGGAACGGCUCCCCUGGACCGUGCCAAAGUGUACAUGCAGGUCUACGCCUCCCGGACGAACCUCACCAGCCUGCUGGGCGGGAUCCGGAGCCUGGUGCACGAGGGGGGCGUGCGUUCCCUCUGGCGAGGCAACGGCAUCAACGUGCUCAAGAUCGCGCCCGAGUACGCCAUCAAGUUCUCUGUCUUCGAACAGUGUAAGAAUUACUUCUGCGGAGUGCACGGGUCCCCACCCUUCCAGGAGCGCCUCCUGGCAGGCUCCCUGGCGGUGGCGACCUCCCAGACGCUCAUCAACCCCAUGGAGGUGCUGAAGACCAGGCUGACCCUUCGCAGGACAGGCCAGUACGCGGGGCUGCUGGACUGUGCCAGGCAGAUCCUGAAGCACGAGGGCACGCGAGCCCUGUACCGCGGCUACCUGCCCAACAUGCUGGGCAUCGUCCCCUACGCCUGCACAGAUCUGGCCGUCUAUGAGAUGCUCCGGACUUUGUGGUUGAAAUGGGGCAGGGACAUGGAGGACCCAAGUGGCCUGGUCAGUCUGUCCUCGGUGACCUUGUCGACGACGUGCGGCCAGAUGGCCAGUUACCCGCUGACCCUGGUGCGCACGCGGAUGCAGGCUCAAGACACUCUGGGAGGCUCGAACCCUACCAUGCGGGGUGUCUUCCAGCGGAUCCUGGCCCAGCAGGGCUGGCCAGGCCUGUACCGAGGCAUGACCCCCACCUUACUGAAGGUCUUGCCAGCUGGUGGCAUCAGCUGCGUGGUAUACGAAGCCAUGAAGAAGACCCUGGCAGUUCAGGCAGGGUGCUAAGUGACAUCCUCGGAAUGGGCACGGACUGGCCGGAGCCCGUAUCCCGUGGCCCCAAAGAAUCCUCCAGGUUCUGCUCCCCCCAUCCCGGGGGAAGUGUUGGGGGCAGCUGUAGUCAGGAGAUGCUGGCUGGGGGGGUCUGCGUCAGAGGAUUCCUGCGACCCCCGCUGUUUAGACUCAUUUGGCUUGUCAUGGUGCCAAGGGCCAAAGGGUGAUGAGAAUAUGGACAGGAAUAAAGAGAUUUCUCCA